AUGUCUCAAGCUCAAGAGUCACCGAAGAAGGAAAAGAAGACACGGAGGCGUCUGCGACUCAGCUGUGUCGAAUGCACAAAACGCCGUCAGCGUUGCGAUCGCUCUUACCCAUGCGGUCUUUGUGUCUCUCGAGGUGUUGCUCAUUUGUGUCGAUGGGAAACUGUGCCCGUGGCGCGUCCAACUCCCGCUCGUCCACCAGUGAUUCCGUCGCAAAACGCUCAAGAUAAAAUCCAACAGUUAUCCGCGCGUAUUGCGAGUUUGGAAGCAAUGGUGGCAGCAGAGCGUCGCAAAAACUCCACUCUGGCAGGCUCCAGUCCUCGUUCAUCGAAUUCUCUCGCCAUCGACUUCUCCCCUCAUGGCUCUGUUGUCUCUCUGCAAUCUCCAUCGAAUGGGAACUCGCCAAACUCGUCGCCUGAGCCAUACCCUCCGGAUGAGGAUGAUGACUUCGUGCCAGCCACCUUAUCGGACAGCGGUUACUGCUCCGUAGCCUCACUUUCGCAAUGUUGUGUCGCUCAUCAUGGGGAAUACGUCGGAAGCGGUAGUUUGUUGUCUGCUUUGCGUUCAAUGCGGCCUGAUACAGUCCCUCACGUACUACAUGUUGACUCAAGUCGUGCAAGCAGCCUAUUCCACUCUCAGUUCGCCUUGGACGAGCAGCAUCCUACUCUGACUCGUCUUAUUCAAUCUCUUCCCCAGACCUCAGUCGUGACUUCUGUAUGCCAAGUAUUCUUUGACGAGUUCAACUGGCGAUUCGGAAUUCCCUGGGAAUGGUUCCAAACGACAUGCUCUGCCAUGUGGACAGUUCUCCGACACACUCAUUCCACUUACAUCAACCCACACUGGCUGUCAUUAUUGUUUGGCAUCCUAGCACUAGGCUCCAGUUCUCCCAGUGGCGAAGGCGCCGAACUUUUUUUCUCUUGUUCGAUAGCGGCCCGCCGGUUGGCGGAAAGCAUCUAUCUCUCACAGCCCUCUACUUCUCAAUCUUCUCCCGCUCAAGGCGCGGUACUCUCCGUGCUCGCUGCGCCACUUUUGUGCGAAUACCUUGCGGAGCGCGGUCAGAUCGGUGAGGCAUGGAAGCUUGCUGGACAAGCGGUCAUCGCAGCGGAAGCUCUGGGGCUGCAUCGGGAUCCUGACUGGUCUGGCUGGCAUCAGGACAGCAUGAAUGAUGAUGAAAAACUCUUACGCCGCAGAGCGUGGUGGGGUAUCUUUAUUUCUGAGAGAAUGUAUAGCCUAAUCAUCGGUCGUCCUACACUCAUCCGAACACAAACUGAUGUCGCCCCGCCGUCGCCUCUAUGCUCGGACGGGACACCAAACCCCUUCAACAUCUAUCAAUGGCAGCUCAUCCAGCUUUUUGAUCUUGCAGGAGAACUGAGCGAUCAAUGUUUCUCCCUCAACCCACCAACAUCGUCUUUGGUCUAUCGUCUGAAUCGUAAAUUGGACAAGUGGGAGUGCCAACUGCCUCCUGGAUUGAGAAUGAUGGAGACACUCAACAUCCCCGACAGCUUCCAUGACUGCGACCUGAUCACCGUGGCCCGCCAAAGGCAUUGGCUUUCGAUGUGGCACCUUCUCUGCGGCACAAAACUGCAUGUUUCUCUUCUCACCCAAGACAAGAACGCCAGCGUAUUCCUGGGAGUGUGGGACCACCCCCUAGGUCGAACUCGCAGUCGGCAAUUCUGCCUAUCAUAUGCGUCUCGGCUAAUAGAACUUCACUGCAACGUUCAUGAUGCAUUAUGGUCGAGGGACCAGUCCAAUAUGUUAUCAGGCAUCAAAUGGUCUUUUGCUACCUGUCUUUCGCUUUUGGAGGGUGCCAUCACUGUGGCUUCCUUACUAUCUCAAGGAGAAGAAGCUACCCUGGUCCAACGUUCGAUGUCGGUACUGACUCGGGUGGCGAACGAGGAAUCAUCGAAGGCGACGAUCGCACGCUUGGGAAGCGAGGCGCUGGAAGGUUUGAUCAACGAGUUGAGCCAUCGAAUGCGAAUCACUUCACCCAGCUUGGAUCAAUCCUUUCCGGGGUAUCAUUGGUACUCGGCGACUGGAGAUGGUGUGUUUACAGCAGAUUAUAGUGUGAAGGGCAUGGAACGAUUCCCCAAUAUGGACCUGGUGUCCUUAUUCACCGAAGAGUCAAAGGUCGGGCUACUGGAUGGCUUUGAGACUUGA